GCCGAGAGAAGGAACGAGCGGGCGAGCGGACGAGGGCAGACUUGAGCGCAGCCGUCCCUCCCCCGGAGCCAUGGGCGCGGCGGGGCGCGCGGCUGCAGAGCGGCGCGGCCGGGAGGUGCGGGGGGCGGGGGCGCGGGCCUGGGGCCGCCUCUAGCCCGCUCCGAGGGCGCGGGCCCCGGGGAUGAGGGCGCCCUCCGCGGGAAGCCCGUCUGCGCGCCACGGCGCCGUCCCGCCCAGCCAGCGAGCCUGAGCAAGGCAGACGCGCGGCCGGCGAUCUGGGGGCGCGCUCGCUUCGCCGUCCCCAAAAUGUGAAGCUGGGAGGGCGGAGACGCAGAGACCGCCCGGCCGGGAGCCCUCGCCGAACCUCCCUGCCCUACGCGUCCAGGCCGCGCCGUCACUCCCUCCCUUCCCCGACCCCGCCGCGGCAGCAGAGCAGCAAAGCCACCGCGCCCCGCGCGCCCUCGGCGCUGCGACCCCCCCGGCUUCGGCCCGCAGUGGCUUCGCGUUUCCCGAGGCGGCCGGAACCGGGCCCAGGACGGUGCGUCCGGCCUCGCCCGCGGCUUCUCGACCAGACAAGUUUGAACGAUGAUCACAGUCAACUCCGAUGGGAAGAUAAUGGUCAGAAGAUGCCUGAUCACCCUGAGACCCUUUCGGCUCUUUGUCCUGGGCAUCGGCUUCUUCACUCUCUGCUUCCUGAUGACGUCUUUGGGGGGCCAGUUCUCCGCCCGGCGCCUGGGGGACUCGCCGUUCACCAUCCGCACAGAAGUGCCAGGUGGCUCCGAAUCCCGUGGCGCCCUCCGCAAGAUGAGUGACCUGCUGGAGCUGAUGGUGAAGCGGAUGGACAUGCUGGCCAGACUGGAGAACAGCAGCGACCUGCACCGCACUGCCAGUGUGGCACACUUAGCUGCAGACAGGCUCACCCCUGGAGCUGGCCUCAUUGAGAGGAUCCAGGCUAUUGCUCAGAAUGUGUCUGACAUCGCAGUGAAGGUGGACCAGAUCCUGCGCCACAGCCUGAUUCUGCACAGCAAGGUAUCUGAAGGUCGGAGGGACCAGUGUGAAGCACCCAGUGACCCCAAGUUUCCUGACUGCUCAGGGAAAGUGGAGUGGAUGCGUGCCCGCUGGACUUCGGACCCCUGCUAUGCCUUCUUUGGAGUGGAUGGCACCGAGUGCUCCUUCCUCAUCUACCUCAGUGAGGUUGAGUGGUUCUGCCCCCCGCUGCCCUGGAGGAACCAGACAGCUUCCCGGAGAGCCCCCAAGGCCCUUCCCAAAGUCCAGGCAGUGUUCCGGAGCAAUCUGUCACACCUCCUGGAGCUGAUGGGCAGUGGGAAGGAGUCCCUCAUCUUCAUGAAGAAGCGAACCAGGCGGUUCACUGCCCAGUGGACCAAGGCUGCCAAGCACCUGGCGCAGAAGCUGGGGGACACCCGGAGGGACCAGAAACAGAUCCUUGUCCACAUCGGCUUCCUGACAGAGGAAUCUGGGGACGUGUUCAGCCCACGGGUGCUGAAGGGCGGGCCUCUGGGGGAGAUGGUGCAGUGGGCCGACAUUCUGGCCGCUCUCUAUGUGCUGGGCCACAGUUUGCGGAUCACAGUCUCCCUGAAGGAGCUGCAGAGUAACUUAGGGGUGCCGCCAGGCCGGGGGAACUGCCCACUCACCGUGCCUCUGCCUUUUGACCUCAUCUACACGGACUAUCAUGGACUUCAGCAGAUGAAACAGCACAUGGGCCUGUCCUUCAAGAAGUACCGGUGCAGAAUUCGAGUCAUCGACACUUUUGGGACAGAGCCAGCAUACAACCACGAGGAGUAUGCCACACUACACGGCUACCGGACCAACUGGGGUUACUGGAACCUUAACCCCAAGCAGUUCAUGACCAUGUUCCCUCACACCCCAGAUAACUCCUUCAUGGGCUUCGUGUCCGAGGAGCUCAAUGAGACGGAGAAGCAGCUCAUCAAAGACAGCAAGGCCAGCAACAUGGCGGUGGUGUACGGCAAGGAGGCGAGUAUCUGGAAGGGCAAGGAGAAGUUCCUGGCCAUCCUGAACAAGUACAUGGAGAUCCAUGGCACCGUGUACUAUGAGAGCCAGCGGCCCCCCGAGGUCCCUGCCUUUGUGAAGAACCAUGGCCUCCUGCCACAGCCUGAGUUCCAGCAGCUGCUGCGUAAGGCCAAGCUCUUUAUAGGGUUCGGAUUCCCCUACGAGGGCCCAGCACCCCUGGAGGCCAUCGCCAAUGGCUGCAUCUUCCUUCAGUCUCGCUUCAGCCCGCCCCACAGCUCCCUCAACCACGAGUUCUUCCGGGGCAAGCCCACCUCCCGGGAGGUGUUCUCCCAGCAUCCCUACGCAGAGAACUUCAUCGGCAAGCCUCAUGUGUGGACUGUGGACUAUAACAACUCAGAGGAGUUUGAAGCGGCCGUCAAGGCCAUCAUGAACACCCAGGUAGACCCUUAUCUGCCCUAUGAAUAUACGUGUACAGGGAUGCUGGAACGGAUCCAUGCCUACAUCCAACACCAGGACUUCUGUGCGGGUCCAAGCCCGGUUCCACCAGGAGCCCACACCUCCCAGAGUCCCUUUGUCUUAGCUCCUAACGCCACUCAUCUCCAGUGGGCCCAGAAUAUCAGCUCACUUGCGGGAGCCUGGCCCCCUACCCACUCUCUACGGGCCUGGCUGGCGGCCCCUGGGAGGGCCUGCACGGACGCCUGCCUGGACCAUGGGCUGGUCUGCGAGCCUUCGUUCUUCCCCUAUCUCAACAGCCAAGAUGCAUUCCUCAAGCUGCAGGUGCCCUGUGACAGCACAGAGUGGGAGAUGCAUCACUUGUACCCCGCCUUUGCCCAACCCGGCCAAGAGUGCUACCUACAGAAAGAGCCGCUGCUCUUCAGCUGUGCCGGUGCCAGCACCAAGUACCAGAGGCUCUGCCCGUGCCGUGACUUCCUCAAGGGCCAGGUGGCCUUGUGCCGGGGCUGCCUGUGAGGUCGGAGGCCACCCUGCCCAGCAUCUGCCCACCCCCGGUUGGCAAGCACCAGCACUUUCUGAGCUGCAGCCAUGCUCAUGGCGCGUCUCCUGGCUGCAGCCUCUUUCCCUGGCCAAGAGCAGGAAGAGGGGGCUGAGGAGGCAGGACUCAUGGCUACGCAGAUGGGCUGACCUACCUGUCUGGUGGGCCUAGGAGCACGUGAAUGGAGACCCCUUGCUUUCUGAGGUCUGGAUCAGCUGGAGACAUGACCCUGACCACUCUUGGGCCCAGGAUAGGCUUUCUGAUCCCCAAGAACAUGGCCGUGUUGCCCCUUAGUUCACCGGAGGUAUCAAGAAAUGGAUCACAGCCACGCUUGCGGUGAGGAUCACAUCCUCCUCUUCUGAUGCAGCAAUUCAUGCAGGGCCAGUGUGUCCGUCUGUCCGUCUGCAGUUGUUCGGUGUGGACAAAGGGCAGAGAACUUGGGGAGUCUGGGGGAGGGACCCUGCCCUCCUCCUGGUCCUUCCUCCCUGUCCCUCAUUCCUGCUUCCUCCAGUGGGCUUCACUUUGGGCCUCUUCUGAGACCCAGUUCUGGCAUGAUCUGUGACUGGUCCACAGCCUCCAUCUCUGCCCCUCCGGGAGCCAUCUCCAUUACAGUCUCUGACAACAAACAGGCCCAGACCCCACCAAGGCAUCCUCUGCAGGCUCUGACGCCACUCCCAGCCUCCUGGUAUCUCCUGCUGGCCAGGCUGGGAUGAAGUUUCACCCUAGUCCCCUUGACUGGUUCUGGUUGCACAGGUCUAGCCGACCUCAUGGCUCCCACCCAUCCAGGCCCCACCUUCAUCAUUCCCUCCUGCUUCCCGCAGCCUCAGGCCACUUCCAGACUUCAGUAUCCAUCUCUAAGUGGCAUGCCCACCUCCAGUCCAGGGUCGCCCUUCCCUCUCUACCCCCAGGGCCUGCCAAAUCCAGCCAGGCCUCCAGGAACACUGCCAUUGCUCAUGUAUGGCCAGCCCCCCGCCUCGUGAAGGCAGCUCCCUGGGUCCAGACAGUUGUAGGGAGGACCAGCAUGUGUGGGACUUGCGGGUGCCCCCUUGGCCUGGUUAGCCCCUGUGGCAGCAGAACCUAGGGCAGCAAGAGACCUGUGAUUCCGAGGAUUUGACCGUCAGAGGAAAGCAAUAGAGACAUUCUUCUCUCUUUUUUUUUAAAGAUUUAUUUCUUAAAAUAAAUAUUUUAUUGGGAUGUGAGAU